CCCCUGCAAAAACAGACAGAGUUAGUGAGUGUGUGUGUGUGUGUGUACGUGUGUGUGUCAGACCUCGUGAGAGAUAACCAGAGUUGGUCUCAGGAUGCCUGCGUACGCCACCAACAUGAGGCUGAAGUUCCCCAUUGUGGCCUUAGCCUUGGAGAUUAUCACCAUCAUACUGUUUGCGGUGUUUGUGAGGUAUGAUGACGGCAAAGGUCACGGGCACGACGCACACGCCAAUGAGACUCACCAUGAACAGAAUCCUUUGGCUCUCUACCCCAUGUUUCAAGAUGUCCACGUCAUGAUCUUCAUUGGCUUCGGCUUCCUGAUGACCUUCCUCAAGAGAUAUGGGUUCAGCAGCGUGGGCAUCAACUUACUCCUGGCCGCCUUCGGCCUGCAGUGGGGCCUCCUCAUGCAGAACAUGUGGCACCUGGACGACGGCAAGAUCAAAAUCAACAUCUCAAAGAUGAUCAAUGCAGACUUCAGCACAGCUACAGUACUGAUCUCCUUUGGAGCCGUUCUGGGUAAAACCAGCCCUGUGCAGCUCCUCAUCAUGACCAUACUGGAGAUCACCAUCUUCUCCAUCAAUGAGCACCUUGUGACCAAUGUUUUAGGGGCCAACGAUGUCGGAGCAUCCAUGACCAUCCAUGCUUACGGAGCCUACUUCGGCCUGUCAGUGGCUCGAAUGCUUUACCGACCAGCUUUAAGAAACGGUCAUGAGAACGAUGGAUCUGUUUAUCACUCUGAUCUGUUUGCUAUGAUUGGAACUGUCUUCCUGUGGAUGUUCUGGCCCAGUUUUAACUCGGCCAUUGCUACUCAGGGCCUCCCUCAGGUCACCGCAGUGAUCAACACCUACCUCUCCCUGGCCACCUGUGUGCUCUCUGCCUACGCCAUCUCCAGCCUCGUGGAACACAAAGGAAAACUGGACAUGGUGCACAUUCAGAACGCCACCUUGGCUGGUGGCGUUGCUGUGGGAACGUGCGCUGACAUGAACAUCGAGCCCUUUGGGGCCAUGCUGAUUGGAUUAUUGGCUGGCGUCAUCUCUACCCUUGGCUUCAAGUUCCUAACUCCCAUCCUGGCAUCCAGCCUGGGCAUCCAGGAUACCUGUGGUGUCCACAAUCUGCAUGGCAUGCCUGGCAUCCUGGGCGGGUUGGCUGGUAUUGUGGCCGUGGCUUUGGAGAAGGGACAGAACCGUAACGCUGCCAUGCAAGCUGCUGCCUUGGCUUCAUCCCUCGGGUUCGCUUUGGUUGGAGGUGCUGUUACAGGUUUAAUAAUGAAGUUGCCGAUCUGGGGACAGCCUCCAGACCAGAACUGCUUCGAUGACUCUAUUUACUGGGAGGUUCCUGAGGAGGAGGAGGAGAAUGAGGAGAGCUUGGCUCAUGCUGAUCACUCGAAGAACAAAGCAGAGGCUUAAAUAUCUGCCAGCCCUCCACUGAGCCCAAAACUAAGAAGGAUUAUUAAUCAGCUACAUGAUGACCACAGAUAUCAAUUUGUUUUUAACAGGAAGGGCAGCGAAAUGCUUACAUUAUAGUGUGAGAAAAUCAGCAUAUACAUGAGCUAUUUUAUUCUGAAAAUUCAGAACAUAAAGAUUAAUCACAGUUACACUAAGAAAAAAAACUUUUAAGUGUUUGAAAAGAAAAAUAUUCACCUUCAGGGAAAGUUAAGUCACUUAUCCACAGCCAUGGGCCACAGACGUUAGCAGUUUCACUGCCAACACACUACCACUUCUAUAAGCUUUUCUUUAUGUCAUUUUAUAUUAUAAAAACGAUAAAAACAUGUUUUAAGAUAUUAGCAUAGUAUGUAUUUUACUUGUUUAUAUUCCCAUAGACCUUGCAUAUGUAUUUCUGCUGAGGCUCAGGUCAAAGAGAGGAGUCAAACUUGGCUUUGACCUGCGGCUUCACGUCACCUCACUGGAGCCCAGUCCUUCAAUUUGCAAGGAAUCAGAGUCAGACUGCGUGAAACCAGCAGCAUGGCUCUGACAAGGGCAGGGAUAGUCACAUGAUAUUUUUGUAACUAAUGAACCUUUGCGCGUCUUAUCUUCUAAGCAUUUUCUGUCUAUCUGAAGGCAGCUGUACAACUUCUUUUAACGCAAUGAAGAUCGCAAUUCAGAGCUCUGCAUUUAGCAUUAGACUGGUUGUCAAUUGGCAAGCUGAGGUUUAUGGGUUUUUUUUCUCUCUUUACUAUUUACAUCAAAUGUAUUCUUACAUGUACAUACAGUUUAGUUCUUAGAUGGAUUGACAUAGUCAGUUUUAUCAAGGCCCUGCAAUGCCAAAAAAGCACAACUGGUACUGAAUAUAUUUCAAAUAUCUUAAAGGAAUGCAACAUAAACCUGCACACUGACAAAUAAGAAAGUGCCAGCAUUUUAUUAGGUGCAGGCGUCUUUUUAUCUUUUUAUACCCAUUUUCUCCAUAACAUAACAGUAUGAUACAUUUUUAUGCAGCAAUGUCUUUCUUUUCUCUGCAGGUGAUUUAGUGUUUCUUUCUUUCAUUCUGAGUUUUUAAUCUGUCACACCUGCAGCAAACUUUCUCCAUAUAUCACAGGAUUAGAGCUCACUUCAUCUUCUCAAACAACAUGCAUGGUGCUGGAGUGCAGGAGGACAGGAUUUUAGUGUGUUAAACAUCAAAACACAGGACUGCAGGGCUAGAUGAAACUGACUACACAAAGCGUUAAUCAAUAUUUUGGUUUGUCAAAUGACUUAUGGUGCCCAGAACACUGAAACGCAUCAAGAUUUUGUAUUUUUAUACAGUGGGCAUAUGCUCUUAUUUGUAUAAUAUACUAAUACUGUCAUAAUAAAUAUGUUUUUGUACAAUA